AUGAUUCUGCUGACUACGACCAAUGGGCAGCCGCGCACGCAGCUUUGGCUGGGAACUACACAUCGUUUCGCGCUGCGUACGCAGCCGCCAGAGGAAGGGCGACCAGCGUACGUCUCGAUAAAGUUGGGUGGCCCGCCUAACGUCGAUCCAGUCAAUUUGACUUUUGCGGCUCCGCCGCCACAGCCAGCAAGAACUAUGGUAUUGGAACGACACCGAACGGCGUCGUUUCUUUCCGCGACCGCGUCCCUCUCGCCCGCGGUUGCGGGCGGACCCCAACAGUUCGUGGUGAAUUUGACCAUAACUGGCGACGACGCCGUUCGUCGGGCAGGCGGAAAAGAUAACGUCCCAGCAUUCUCCUCCACCCUCGCACGGUGGCUGAUCAAUCAGCGUUGGGACUUCGUAUAUUCACAAGGACCGUCGCCGUUGAAUAUGGUCGGACCCGGAGUGGCGCCGAUUAAUCUGGUCUCACCCCCUCCGCCUCAGUUUGGGUUGCCACUGCUCAGCAGCCCGCCCCAGGUGAAUGCCUCACAAAGUCCAUUGCUCGUGUUGCCGUACUAA